AUGUCUGAGCUACCCGAUUACUAUGCUGUCCUCGAAGUUGCCCCCGACAGCGACCAGGAAGCAAUCAAGAGAGCUUACAAGAAAGCCGCGCUGAAAUGGCAUCCAGAUCGCGUUGCGGCCGACUCGGACGAGCGUCCCAAGCGGACGAAAAUGUUCCAAAAGAUCAAUGACGCCUACUACACUCUGUCCGAGCCCACGAGACGGCGAGAAUACGACGAAGCAAGGCGUUUCCACGGCACCACGAGCUUUGACGAGUCUGCCGACGAAGAAGUUCCCAGGCCCCCUCCGCAGACGGGUCCCCAGUCUUGGUUCAACAUGUUCGGCUUUGGUCGACCGGCGGGAGACGCACAAGAAGACCAGUUUGCAAACGAACAGUUCAAGAGUGCGUUUGAAGAGAUGAUGCAGGAGGACGAGUUGGCCGAUGACACUCACACGCCCACGAAGCGGUUCUGGACUAUCGCCGGAGGUAUUUCGGGUGGCGUUCUCGGUUUCAUUGUCGGCAACUCUGUCGGCAUGGUGACAGGUGCUGCAGCCGGCAGCAAGAUGGGCGCCAUACGUGACAAGCAAGGGAAGUCGGUCUAUGAGGUGUUCCAAGCGCUCGACCAGGGUCAAAAAGCUCGCAUACUGAGCGAGCUUGCUGCGAAGCUGUUUAGCGGCGCGAUCAGUUGA